GCCCGGAUGCGGCCCCAGUUGGUGGAAAGCGCGCGGCGCAGCGGCAAUGGCGGCGUUCGGAAUUGCGAUGGGUGGUGGCGAUUGGUUUUCGGCUUUGGUACUCGGGGUGACUCUCCUCAAAUGCCUUCUUAUCCCCACCUAAAAAGGCAUAUGGAAGGAGCAUUUCUCUUUGCUGUUCUCCUACAUUUCAAGCACAUUUACCUCUACGUAGCACCAGCUUAUGGUAUAUAUCUGCUACGAUCUUACUGUUUCACUGCAAAUAAACCAGAUGGGUCCGUCCGAUGGAACAGUUUCAGCUUUGUCCGCCUUAUUUCCCUGGGACUGAUUGUUUUUCUAGUUUCUGCUCUUUCGUUGGGUCCUUUCCUAGCCUUGAACCAACUGCCUCAAGUCUUUUCCCGACUCUUCCCUUUCAAGCGGGGCCUCUGCCAUGCAUAUUGGGCUCCAAACUUCUGGGCUUUGUACAACGCUUUGGACAAAGUGCUGUCUGUCAUCGGUGUAAAAUUGAAACUUCUUGAUCCCAACAAGAUUCCUAAGGCCUCGAUGACAAGUGGCUUGGUUCAGCAAUUCCAACACACAGUCCUUCCCUCAGUGACUCCCUUGGCCACCCUCAUCUGCACUCUGAUUGCCAUAUUGGGUCCAGAGGCUUUCUCCGGUGUCUAAUUCUUUGUGCCUUGAGCUCCUUCAUGUUUGGAUGGCACGUCCAUGAGAAAGCCAUACUCCUAG